AUCCGUCGCCUGCUGCAAACCGCUACAGCUUAAGCUCUAACCAAGCAAGUCUUACUCCAGUUUCAAUGAGUCCCCAGCCUUGUCCAAAGUCCUUUUUGAAUAGGAUCCGUAAACACAGCAUCCUUAGUGUUACAAAUAUUCAUCACAGUUUUUCAGAUAAAGAUCAAACUCGAACAAUUAGCUUUGAUGAUAUCCUGAAACGUAACCUUUCCUCUAGAAAAUGCAGACAAAAUAAUAAGGUUAAUGAAACAGAGAAGAACGAAGAGGAAACAUCACGUAUUAUAGCAUCUCUGGUGCACUCUAACCAGUCAAUCAAACAAAGAAGGAUGAGUUUAGAUGAUUUUAUCAAAUUGAAUGGGAAAAAAAUCAGAAUGAGAAAUGCAAGGGAGGAAAGUCAAGGUUAUAUGUCUGACAUGUCAACCAAAAGCGAAGGGAUCGAUGAAACAAGCUUUAUGGGGAGACUUUCACCCCGAUUAGCACAUUACUCAGCGCCAUCGUUCACUGAAUUUCACUCUAUCAAGGAACAAUCUUUUGAACAAGCCUCGUCCUCAGAUAGCCUCAGUUGUGAUGUCAACGUAGGUGAGACAAAAGUAGACAUUUCUCCUUUAGCUCAACAAGCAUCUGGACAGUCAGAUUGUGAAAGUAUUGAAGAAAAGCCCAUUAAAGAUGUCUCAAGUCCUAUUCCCUUACCACAACUCAAAAAUUCCUCUGAGCGACAAAAUCCAAUAGAAGAAAAUAUUGUUUGCGAACUCCAAGCGAGAGCAAACGACGAAAUACCAUAUCAAACUAAUCAAUCAAAAGCGAAUAUAAAUUUAGACAAUAUCACUCCAGUAAUUCCAAAUGUUCGUCUGGAAGUUUCUAGUUCUGUAGAAGCUACUUCAUUACCAUCAGUGUGUGUAGCCCCUAAGUUAUGUGAUAUCUCUGAAAUUAAUCUUCUUACUUUGCCGAGUAAAGAUCCUUCAAAACAUCAUGUACCAGAAUUUUCCACUCCAAAGAUACUAAUUACAACCAACAUGAGCUCCUGUGAUUCUGAAGAGACUAGCCCUCCUAGAACUCCAAACACCAAGCCUUCUUCAAUGGCCUACCUUAGUCCUUUGACCGCAAUGUGCCCUUCUACUGAUAGAACCAUCUCUGAAUCCAAUCUUAGUACGUCUGGUUAUUCCUCUCUGUCGAGCCCCGGCAUGUCCAGAUGCAAUUCCAGUAGCCCCUUAGCUGAGGAACUGGACGUUGGUGCAAAAAAGUUAUAUCUGGCUCAAAAAGCUUCCCAUUUUCUUUCUCCUAGUCUAAUUACAAGUAAGUGUGAAAAUGCCUUUCAUUUUCCUUCUCAGCAAAUUUAUUCAUAUCUACAAGUUAAAAAUCACCCAGACCCCUCUUGUUUUCCACAGCGGCGAGCAUCUGUUGGUGAAGCAUUGUUUCCUCCUACAAAAGAUAUAGAUCGUCACUUGUGUAGAAAGAAGCUAAGCAAGCGUAUUUCCUACCAGACAACAAGUACUGAAGACUCUAUAGAUGAUGAAGGAAUUGUAUUAGACCGUAUUGAGAUUAAAAUUAAACAAGGAAAGGUAACAAGUGCAAAAGAGCUUGAGAUGUCAGUAGCUUCUGAAAAAUACCAGAAACCAGAAAGAGAUAUCACCUUACAUAAUAAGUGUCGAAAACCAUCUCCUCUAAGUUUGGAGCUUCCAGAUAUUUCAACUACGUGUUUAUCAGAGAAACAUCACCCAGCAGUAAGAAGUAGUCCUAAAUUGAAGAAAGGCGACAAGUCAAAAAAAAUCACCGACCAUGGACGGACAAGUGUCUGUAGCUCCCCUAGUGUUACACCCAUAAAUGAAAGACUUUCAGAAUGUCACGAAGGUAAGCUGCCACGAAACUCUUCAAAAACUAGCAUGGGUAACCACAUAAUUUCAUCGUCAGAUGACGACUUAGAUUCUCAUGAACCACGACAGAAGUCGCCACGAAGACCACACAAAAGGCAUGAGACCUCGUUUAGUCCUAGCUUAACGCACCAUAAAGCUGAAAGUCCGACCACUCCACGGUCAAUAAGCUUGACCGAGAACCGAUACCGAAAAUAUAAGGAAAACUCCUCUUGGCCACUUAAUCGAAUUGUGCUUUCUUCCUCUUCAGAAUCAAUUCUUUCAACUGCUGAAGAUAAUUUGACGACAGAUUAUUCUACAGACGGAGAAAAGUUUCGGCAAAAGCUCAGGUUAACCACUGAUGUAUCAAACAAAAUCCAAGAAACAUUUCUUAAUGUCCCAAAGGAACUUAAAACUAGGGAAGCUGUCACGCCUGAAUCACGUGUAAUAGUUUCUUUGCCCACUAGCAGUAGGGCAAGACAGCAAAGUUGGACUCUUUACAGACAGCGGUCGCAACCUGAACAGAACAGAACGAGAGGAGGACUUACCUCACUAGAUUCAGUUGAAAGUUCUAUUCCUAGUGACAGCGACGACGAUCACCUAUCUACGAAAACGACAAAACCACAGCUGCAAGUUCUUAACAAAGUACACCUUACACCUCAUCCUGUUUUCCGACGCCAGGAAGCGCUAACCGAGGAUGACGGCAGUGACGAUUCCAGCAGCGAGACGACGGUGCUGCUCAAGAAACCAGCAUCCCCUAAUGUUGCGCCUACCAAAAAUGUAAAAAGUGUUACCAUUGGCACAUCGACAGAUCCUGACGCAGAGCCCUCCCAGAAGAAUAUAGCGGUUCAUCAAAAGGAUGAUAUCCGUCUUAGUCAUGCGUGAAAGUCACAUCUUAGAAUGGUGUUCAACAGAAUAAUAUAUAUAUUGACUGACCAGAAAUAAGAAUCUUAAACCAGAAGGAAAACCAGCCUUUCCUCGGCUAUUUCGUAAUGAACUGCGAUUAAAAAUCGUACUUACAGACUAUCUCAGAAUUGCUUAGAAAGAAGGAUUUGUGUUGGUAGUCAACACAUACAAGCGCGAACUGUACGUAACAUUACCAAUUUUUUGCGAUUUAAACAAACUUAAUUUAUCACCAAAGAGAAAAUAUGGGUCUAACUUAACUUUUUAACCCAUUGGAAGCUAGAAUUGAAAAACGUCUAAAGCAAAUCCAGACCCAACUUUUAACGUAUAAAAAUCACCCAGAUCUAAAAUCUUGAGAGUGAACUACCUGUGAGCUUAUCGGAUCGAUAUUUAUCAGCCUAUGUUUACAAUACCACUCCUAUUAAAAAUCGAAUUUAUAUCAGAGAUAUAUUUACAGUCAAAGUAGAAUUCAAAUUAAUGGCAAAAAUAUUAUUGUUACACACAGACUAAAGCCUUAAAUAUGCUCAAGUGAAUUAGAUUUUUAUAGGACAUUGGUAAUACCAUUAUAGAACUUAGUUGGCACAUCAAAUAUUCAAAGACAGAAGUAAUGAAUUUGGUAAUUAGACGUUUUACUCAACAGAUAUAUCGUUAUCACACUUAUGACUAGAAGUUUCAAAACUUUUACUAAAUAAAUUAGCUUAUUUUAUGCAUUCUUGAAACAUUCUCUUAAGAUUUUCGACUACUGUCUUCUUAAAUGACUUGACGUUAUAAACUGUAUACAUGUAAAUUAAUGUUCUUGAUUUUCUAAACUUGUUCCAGUUCUUCUCGCAAAACCGAUAAUGCUAUUAGGCUUAACAGUAUAGGUAACUCUAACGCGAAAAGUAAAUUAAC